UUUUCGACGGCGAGAAACGAUGACGAUGAUGAUGGUGAGGCCGAUGUUGGUUGUGGUGCUUGUCUGUGUCAUGGCCGGAUUGGACAAGGGUAUUCGGGCGGCAGGUGUGGCGGGCAACGGCGACAAACAGCUGAACCACCACCCUCAGGACCACCACGACAACCAUGCUGAUGCUGGUGACAGUAAAGUUGCGGCUCAUGGUCUCCGCGGUAAGGAGAACAAGAUGAGAAGACAUCCACCACCGCACAUUGUGUACUUCCUUGUGGACGAUCUUGGGUACGCCAACACGGGCGUCACAAACGAUGAGCCGCUGACACCACACAUUGAUGAGCUGGCACGCAACGGAACCAUGCUUCGCCGCUUCUACACCUACAAGUAUUGCUCUCCGACCAGGAGCUCGCUGCUCUCUGGGCGACUGCCGAUCCACGUCAACCAGGAGAACCGCCCGCCACCCGUACCUGGCGGCGGCAUUGAUCAGAACAUGACGACGUUGGCGGAGGUGCUGCAGCGCGCCGGGUACGCCACGCAUCAAGUUGGCAAGUGGCACUGUGGUAUGAGCUCACCGGACCGCCUGCCAGUGCACCGCGGGUUCAACAGCAGCUUCGGCUACCUUUCUGGCGCGGAGCACCACUACUCGCAGAUCCGGCAGGGCUACGUUGACUUGUGGCGGGACACGCAGCCUGCGUAUGGCGAGAACGGAACCUAUGGCACGUUCAUGUACGCGCGUGAGGCAGAGAGGAUCAUCCACGCGCAUGAUCCCACAACGCCGCUGUUUCUGUACUUGGCGUUUCAGAACGUGCACUCGCCACUCGAAGUCCCAGACAGGUUUCUGGACAAGUAUCCUGACGUGGACUACCGGCCACGGAAGCACUGCCUGGCCAUGGUAUCUGCCGUGGAUGAGGCCAUCAACAACGUCACGCUCGCGCUUCGUCGCGCUGGUCUCUUCGAUGACACGCUCAUCAUCUUCUCAUCAGACAACGGGGGCCCGCACGACCACGCCAACAACUACCCGUUUCGCGGUGCCAAGACAGCAGACUUUGAGGGCGGUGUGCGAGCAGUGGCGUUUGUGUCCGGUGGCGUCGUGCCCAAGAAUAUGGUGGGCACGAACGUGCAUGGGCUGAUGCACGUAUGUGACUGGUACAGCACGCUGGCGCGGCUUGCUGGCGAGGAUCCGACGGACCACCGCGCCGCACGUAGCAACCUCCCACCCAUCGACGGCUUCGACAUGUGGCCCAUGCUCACGGGCGCUAACAGCACCUCACCCAGGGUUGACGUGCCCCUUUCUGGCGGUAUCCCCGUGGCAGCGUCAGCUCUCAUUUCGGGCCAGUACAAACUCGUGCGUGGGAAGCAGCCGUACGGUUUCUACCCGGGCGUGCACAUGCCCAACUCCACCGACGACGGCAGCAACUCCAGCGUCGUGUGCGACCCGGGGUGUGUGUUUGACCUGCAGGCGGAUGAAACGGAGCACGUUGACCUUGCACGCGAACGCCCACAGCUCUUGCGCCAGCUGCUUGCCCGCGCGGCUGCAUACGACGCCACAUAUUACCAGACCCCCGGCGAUAACAGGGGUGACCCCGCCGCCAAAGCAGCUGCAAAGGGGCCGUACCAUGGCUACUGGGGGCCCUGGCAGCCGCCUGGACCCCUCCCACCGCCGUCGCCAUCACCACCACUACCGCCGCCUGCACCUGCGCAGGGUGUGUUCUUCGCCACAGCGACGAGCGGGUUGUGCUUGCGGGCCGUGGACAACAGCAGCACGGCUGAGGUGCAGGCUGGGGCGUGUGAUGGGCUGGCCAAGUGGACGAUGGAUGGCGAUCAUGGUGGUGCACUGAGCAACCCAGCGGCUGCGAUGGCAGAAAUGAGCUACCUUGUUCCCCACCGCUUGUCCGAGUGCCAGAUUGGCGAUCCCAUGAUGAUGUGGAAGCUGAAGAAGGGGGACGAGGGAGGGGUUGUGUUUCGGGAGCAGAAUGGCACUCUGGCUGUCACGGCGUGUGAGGGCAUGUGCGUUGGGGUGGUGAGCCCGUGGGGUGGCGGUGCCGUGCCUGUGGAUGUGGCCAUGGUUGAUUGCACCUCUCCGCUUGCUCUGCUCUGGGAAGAGAAGCAGCACGUGGCUUAGUAAUUGGCAUGCGCUGCAUGAGUUGGGGCAGCGCGCGCAAGAGCGUACGUGUUACGUACUGCCUGAUGAUGUUGUGUUGUGAGAAUGCCAUUGCUGUGUUGUUAGGUUGUUACUCUGGUUGUGGCGUGGGGUGUGCGAGCACGCAUGCUUGGCUUGAUUGUAUUGAUUGUUAUGAAAAUGACUGGACUGCA